AUGUCCGUCCCAUUCGGUGUAGAUCUCGGUAAUGACAACACUGUCAUUGCCUGUGCCAGAAACAGAGGUAUCGAUAUCAUCGUCAAUGAAGUCUCGAACCGUUCCACUCCUUCCUUGGUUGGUUUCGGUAUGAAGAACAGAUUCAUCGGUGAGAGCGCCAAGAACCAGCAAACCUCCAACCUCAAGAACACCGUCGACAACUUGAAGAGAAUCUUGGGUUUGAACUAUGCCGACCCCGACUUUGAGACCGAGAAGAAGUUCUUCAGCGCCAACUUGGUCGAGAACGACGCCGCUCAAAUCAGCGCCAAGGUCAGAUUCUUGGCCGAGCAACAAGAGUUCACUUCUACCCAGUUGACUGCUAUGUACCUUAACAAGAUCAAGGACAUCACUGUCAAGGAGACCAAGGGUAACAUCACCGACAUUUGUCUUUCUGUCCCUGUCUGGUACACUGAGAAGCAAAGACGUGCUGCCGCUGAUGCUUGUAAGAUUGCCGGCUUGAACCCUGUUAGAAUUGUUAACGAGGUCACUGCCGCUGCUGUCGGUUACGGUGUUUUCAAGCAAAACGACUUGCCAACUGACGAGGCCAAGAAGGUCGCUUUCAUCGACAUUGGUCACUCCUCUUACCAAGUCUCCAUCGCUGCCGUCAAGAAGGGUGAGUUGAAGAUCUUGGGUUCUGCCUACGACAAGCACUUCGGUGGUAGAGACUUCGAUCUUGCCAUCGCUAACCACUUCGCUGAGGAGUUCAAGGGUAAGUACAAGAUCGACGUUAGAGAGAACGCUAAGGCUUUCUACAGAGUCCUUGUUGCCUCCGAGAAGGUCAAGAAGGUUUUGUCCGCUAACACUCAAGCCCCAAUUAACAUUGAGUCUGUCAUGAACGACGUCGAUGUCUCUUCUUCCAUCACCAGAGAGGAGUUGGAGGAGUACAUCCAGCCAUUGUUGAACAGAAUCAACGUUCCAAUUGAGAUUGCUUUGAAAGACGCUGGCCUUUCUGCCGCUGACAUCGACUCUAUCGAGGUCAUUGGUGGUUGUACCAGAGUCCCUUCCUUGAAGGCUAAGUUGUCCGAGAUCUUCGGCAAGCCAUUGUCCACCACCUUGAACCAAGACGAGGCCAUUGCUAGAGGUAAUGCCUUCAUCUGUGCCAUGCACUCUCCAACCUUGAGAGUCAGACCAUUCAAGUUUGAGGACUUCAACCCAUACUCAGUCUCUUACUUCUGGGACAAGGAGGAGGAAGACGAUGACCACAUGGAGGUCUUCCCAAGAGGUGGUCUUUUCCCAUCCACCAAGAUCAUCACUUUGUUCAGAAAGGGUGACUUCGAGGUUGAGGCCAGAUACACCAACAAGGAGCAAUGUCCUCCAGGUGUCGAGCCUUUGAUUGCCAAGUGGUUGGUCAAGGGUGUUGUUCCAAACGAGGGUGAGCAAUACAUUGCCACCAAGUUGAAGUUGAGAAACGACCCAUCUGGUUUCUACACCAUCGAAUCCGCACACACUGUCCAAGAGGUCACUGUCAAGGAAUUGGUUGAGAAGGAGGCCACUGAGGAGGGUGAGGAAGAGGCUGAGCCAGAGUACAGAGAGGUCAAGAAGCUCGUCAAGAAGGACGAGUUGACUCUUGAGAUGACCUCCGCUGCUUUGACUGAGGACCAAAGAAAUGCUUUCUUCGAGAAGGAGAACAACUUGGUCAUUGCUGACAAGUUGGUCGCUGACACCGAGGACAGAAAGAACGCUUUGGAGGAGUACAUCUACGAGUUGAGAGGUAAGUUGGAAGACCAAUACGCCAAGUUCGCUUCUGACGCCGAGAAGGAGAGAUUGACUGGUUUGUUGUCCAAGGCUGAGGACUGGUUGUACGAUGACGGUUACGACUCGACCAAGGCUAAGUACAUUGCCAAGUACGAGGAGUUGGCCUCCAUCGGAAACUUGAUCAAGGGCCGUUACUUGGCUGACCAAGAGGAGAAGAAGCAAGCCAUGAGACAAAAGCAAGAGGCUUCUCAAAUGGCUGCUAUGGCCGAGAAGAUGGCUGCUGCCAGAGAGGCAUCCAAGGGAACUGAGGAGCCAAAGAAGGAGGCAGACGAGAUGGAUGUCGAUUAG